UAUAUUCAGGGACGUCAGUCUAUUGGCUUCCACAUCUUGUAUGCAUUUUGUACUUCCUCCCCUCCCCCCUUUUUUUUUUAAUUUCUUUUUUAUUUUUUUGAAGCAACAUACUUAACUGUCCAAAUCUUUAUUAAAGUUGCCAUAGGCUUACAACACCAUUUGAAGGACUAUCCUGGUAACUUCUAGCAUAGUUGAGCUGUUUGUGUUCAGAAUUAAUGCAGGUAUAUUUUCAGGAUCCCUCAGAAAUUCAGUCUAGGUUAUAACUUGCAGAACAUGUUUAAUUAUUCUCUUUAACAAUUCAGUACUACUGUUGCAUAUAGUGCUAUAUCUAAAUCUAGCAUAUACCGUAUAAAAAUAGUAUCUUCUUUGUUAACCUUGAAUGCUUAUAUUUUCAGUGUAGUUUCAAGCUCCCUAAUAAUUUCCGAUAGCAGAGUCCUGAAAAAGUAUAAUUGUCUAUUGUUGAUGAUUCUUUCAGUGACAUUUCUGCCUUAGCCCUCAUAUGGAACUGGUUAACCCAGUGAUUCUCAUCCAGAGUGACUUGAGAUCCUUUUGAGGGUAGCACACAAUUUUAGCAUUAAGUGCAAACGUACUUCACAAGAUAAACCCAGAGAUUUCAAACAGGAAAUCCAUGGUGUUAAAAACAUUGUGACGUGAUGCCAUCUUUCUGAGUUCUUUGUAACAGGAGAAUUGCUCUAUUAUUUUUCUGUAGUCAAAAAUGGGUGAAAACCAAGUGCUGACAUUUUCUGAGGGGUGCCUAGAGUCUAUAAAAGUUAAUAACCAUUGAGUUAACUGUUUUCAUAAUGAGAAACAAUGUACUGUUAAUGUGUGCAUUUUUUGUAUGGGAUUGGACAUAAUGCAAGUGAAGACAGGCUUGAAAUUUUGCUCUGUUUCAGCUCCUGUUGAUUUCUGCCUAUUUAAAAAGAGACUAGCAAGGUGCUUUCCUUUUUAGAAACUGUUUUACUAGACCAUCUCUUGCAUAUUAGUCAUGCCUGUGUACAGUGUUUUAAUCUGGAACCUGACAAGGGGGAUUGAGGUCUUUGUUGACUGCAAUUAUGUUUUUAAUUUGAAAAUAUUAAUCAGAUAUUUACUGCUCAUCUUUUAAAGAUGGUAAACAGUAGAACUUGAAAGUCACUGGCUAACACCUUUGAAGUGCUAAAUCAUCUUUUGCCUUCAAGUGCAAAGAGAACGUCUUCUUCAUAUUCACUGAAGCUAAUGUUUCAGUUCAAUGACAGAAUUUAUUUAAAGAAGUGCAGCUGAAACUUCUGCAACUGUAACUAGGAGUUGAAAAAGUAGAAAAGCUUCACUUUUCCAAUUAUGAUAAAAAAAACUUAGGUGUAUAGAAGUAUAAGAUCUUCUCAUAAAACCUUGUAUAAUGCAGCAGGAGAAAUUAUUAGUUCCAUUUCCUCACUAUAGGUAUGCUUCAUGUGUUUAGCAUCAGGGUUGUGCGAAGCUUCGGUAGCCAAUUCAAUUCAGAGGACAUCGGCCCGAUUUGGUGGCUGAAGCUCCAAAUCAGAAUCAAAUCUGGAGACCCAUUAAAAGCUCCAAAUUGAACUGGAAGCCUCCGAAUCGAUUCAGAGAGAUUAGGCACCAGUUUGAAGAUUUGGCUGUAGACUGAACAGGCAGCAGUCCUUGACCACGCUGGACACAGCUGACUCCAGCUGGGACAGAGGUGGAAGGAAGGAGAGGGGGAACUUGUUGUAUCAAAUCAAAGUUAUUUGACUGCCUUUGAGUCAGCUGGCUGUGGAUUUGCUUGCAUACCUAGGUUAGAAAGUAAAUCGGGAAUCUAAUUCUUCAGCAACAGCCAUCUGAAUAAGCCUGAGCACAAAUGACUGCAGAAGACAAGGUGGCCCUGCAGUUCUACAAGAACUAUAUUGUGACGACACUGAACCCUGUGUAUAUUUUAAGCAACAUGAGGGAAUGGCUCACUGAAGAAGUCAUAGAAAGGAUUCAGGCUGAAGAAAAAAACGGAACAACUGCUGCUGCGGGAAUGUUUCUCAACCUGAUACUGGAACUUGAAGACAAGGGAUGGUUUCGCGGAUUUCUAGACUCACUCAUAGCAGCAGGUUACACUGGUCUGGCAGAAGCAAUUGAAAACUGGGAUUUUCGAAAACUUGAGCAACUGGAGAUGCAUAGACGACUGCUGAAGCGUAUAGAGGCCACCAUGCUGGAAAUCAAGGCCGGAGAUAUAAUUCCCUUAAUAAAUUCUUGUCUCAUAAAUAGGGAAUGUGAAGAGAUUCUAAAGCUUGUGGAAAACAGAGGCCAAUCAGCCGGUGCAGCAAAACUUGUUGAGUGCCUUUGUAGGUCAGACAAAGAAAACUGGCCUAAAGAAUUUCAGCUGGCACUACAUCGAUUAGGCUAUGACCAUGCAUGUAAACUAUGGGAUGUGAAAGAAGGUAAUGAUAAAGAGAAGAAUGCUGAAAUGAAGGAUGACCAGGAUGAGGAGAGAAGUGCCUUUGACAUAACUGUAACAUAUUCUGAAGCAGGAGAAGUUGACAAUUUCAGUGGGAAUCAGUGUUCUCCUCCGGAAGUGUCUGAAGAUCCUGUUUAUGUACCAAAGAAGGCUCGAAGUUAUCAGCUGGAGCUUGCUAGGCCUGCUAUCAAUGGGAAAAACACAUUAAUAUGUGCUCCAACUGGAUCUGGAAAAACCUUUGUUGCACUUCUGAUUGCUGAAAAUCAUCUCCAAAACAUGCCUCCAGGACAGAAGGGGAAGAUUGCCUUUCUAGUUACUAAAAUUCCAGUAUAUGAGCAACAGAGAAAUGUGUUCAAGCAGCAUUUUGAAACAAAAAAGUAUAAUGUUGGAGGAAUUUGUGGGGAAACGGUUGGGGAUAUCCCUGAAGAAAUGCUUAUUCAACAGAAUGAUAUCAUUGUCUUGACGCCUCAGAUCCUUGUGAAUUGGCUUCAAUAUGGAAACAUUUCUUCCCUGGCUGUUUUUACCCUCCUCAUAUUUGAUGAGUGUCACAAUACCACUGGGAAUCACCCUUAUAAUGUGUUAAUGUCCAGCUACCUGGACCUUAAGUUUGGCUCAUCUGCCAGUCCACGGCCUCAGAUUGUGGGUUUAACUGCCUCCAUUGGAGUUGGCAGUGCCACUAACCUCAUGGGCAUAAUGGAAUACAUCUGUACGCAGUGUGCCUGCCUGGACAUACAAGUCAUUUCUACCAUCAGAGAAAACAGAGAGGAACUGGAAAAAAUUGUAUUCACGCCCAAAAAAAUUGUCAGGCAAGUUACGUUGCGCCCCCAAAACUGUUUUGUGGACAUUAUCUCGAGUAUGAUAUCUAAGACUGAGGCACUGGCAAAACAGAUGUACCCAAUAGAUACUCUGUCCCCUAUUAAGACUAAAGAUUUUGGAACACAAACAUAUGAACAAUGGAUUGUUGCCGUGCAGAAGAAGUGUAGAGUAUUACAACUGGAAGAUAAGGAGGAAGAGAGCAGGAUUUGUCGCGCUCUUUUUACUUAUACUGAACAUUUACGGAAAUAUAAUGAUGCCCUCAUUAUCAAUGAAGAUGCACGCACCCAAGAUGCCUUGGCUUACUUGAUAGAAUUCUUCAAGAAUAUCAAAAGCAGAGAGUUUGAUGAGAGAGAGCAGCAGUUAACAGCAAACUUUGAAGAGAAACUGCAGGAGCUGACUGAGCUUUCCACUGAUGAGUCAAAUGAGAAUCCCAAACUGCAGGAACUCUCUUUUAUCCUGGAUGAAGAAUACCACCAAAAUCCUCAGACUCGGACCCUUCUCUUUGUUAAGACGAAAGCUCUAGUGGUUGCUCUGAAGAAAUGGGUAGAUGAAAAUCCUGCACUCAGUCAUCUAAAACCAGACGUACUGAUGGGACAUAACAGAAAUCAGAAUAUAGGUAUGACCCUCCUACAUCAAAAGGGAGCACUGAACUCCUUCAGAAGCAGUGGAGAAAGCAAGAUGCUAAUAGCUACAUCCGUGGCUGAUGAAGGGAUUGACGUUGCUGAAUGCAACCUCGUUCUUCUUUAUGAAUACACUGGCAACGUCAUCAAAAUGAUCCAAGUCAGAGGUCGUGGCAGGGCAGAAGGUAGCAAAUGCAUUCUAGUGACAAGCAAAAGUGAAGUGGCCGAGAAGGAGACAGUCAAUAUUUGGAAGGAAGAACAGAUGAACGAAGCCAUUAAGGAGAUCCAGAAGUGGAGUGAGGAGCAGUUUUUAAAGAAGAUAAAGAACCUGCAAAACCAGGAAAAGAUCAUACGAGAUACCCGAAAGAGAGAAUUAAAACCAAAGGUACCAAAGAGCACUAAAAAGCUCUUGUGUGGGAAGUGCAAAGCGUUUGCAUGCAAUACAGAUGAUAUCAGGGUCAUAGAGGACUCCCAACACAUUGUCAUAGAUAAGCAAUUCAGCAACCGUUUUAUAACAGGUCCUCAUGCAAAAAUAAAGCGAUAUGGCCACUUUGAGAAAAAAUGUAAGAUGUACUGCAAAGACUUGAGGUGCCAGCAUGACUGGGGCAUCACAGUGAAGUACAAGACAUUCGACAACCUGCCAGUGAUCAAAGUUGAAAGCUUUGUAGUGGAGGACAUUGCGACUGGGGACCAGUCAGUUUUCCGGAAGUGGGUUCAGGUUGAUUUUGAACUGAAGAAAUUCGAUGUUAAAGAAAUGCCCCGCUAAGCUCAGAUCAAUCUGUCAAUUUAUAUAUGAAACUUUUUGAUACAUGUGCAAGUACUGUUAAGUGUUAACAAAUGCUCUUCUUCCUAACUAAAAGUGUGGGUGUUAUUGUAUACAGUGGCCAAAUUGCUAGAGAAAGGGGGUGUGGAGGUUCUCUUUAAUUACAGCUUUCAUACCAGGAGCAGGGAAGUUGCAUAUUAUUUUGUGCAUAGUAAUAGUGUUCCUGGAAUUUCUCUUCAUGCUUCAUAGACAAAAGACCUGUUAUCUAAGCAAUUUAAAGGAUAUUGAAAGCUGCUUGCCAUUUACUUAAUAAAAUUUGCCAUUGACUGGCAUGCUUUAAAAAUAA